CAUGACCUCACUUAACUCUCUUCUCAUGCAAACGAGAGGGGGCCGGCCCGCCGAUCACUCUGCUCCGGUUGGAAAACCGAUGCCUCAUGUACUACUCCUGACGACAUUGUUUGCACCUGAUUUGAGCUCAUCAAAGAAAAAGUAUACGCAUCUGAAUCUGGUAUAUGGAGGACAUAGCCAUAAAUAUUGAGAAAAGGAGAGGUUCUCUAGGUAAUUUUCCAGAACUUUGCCGCCAAAAUAUCGUCCUUUUGCUCCUUGAAAUAUACAUCUUUUCCCAAAAUGGCAAAAGUAUCCUCAACCUCAAGACUUCAGAGGGUGCUUAGAAAAAAUUAAAGGGCAUGCUUGUCUUUGAUGGAAAAGGUGAGAAUUUGGGUGGGAAAUGUGAAACUCUCUUUCUGGGAAACUUUUUCCUUUUCUUUUUUGAGUUUUUUUUCUUAUCACUUUCAUUCAUUCAGCAGGUACUUGGAAAUCCAUGCUCAGGUACUUGGAAAUCGAUUAGCAGGCUACGUCCUCAUGUUGUGUGCAGUUGACGCGAACCCGUGUGGCCUUGUGGCCUUGUGGCCGGCCCUGUGGCCGUGUCCUUGCAGUGGGAAAUGGGAAGAAAGAUUACGACCGAGUGACUGACUGACCAAAACACCAAAUUCAACUAACUCUGGUAUUUGGCCAUUUUGCCUUUUUUCUCUCCAAAACACUUCAACUUGGCUUGUAUGGUUCCAUAAAACAAAAAGAACCCAAAAAGCAGAACCAAAAGGAAAUUCCUGAAAUUGCCCCACCCAAGUAGGCAGUCGUCAUACGGAGUCUCACCAGUCACCACUGAAGAUUUUUUUUUUUUCUAGUUCUUUUCUUUUUGGGUAAUACUCCUCUCACCACUGAAGAUGAGUUGACUAGAUUUCCAAACCUCUCCCCUUUAAAUUCUCUCCUCUACCUUUCGUUUCCUUGGCUCUUCUACACCUCUCCUUUUGCUUUGCUUCAGCUUCACCAAUAAAAAACAGCUUUGGAGCUCUACUCUGUUGUCUCAUCUAUCUCCUUAGAAGAAGCAUGAGUUCAUCACUACUGCUACCCUUCUUCAGUUUCCUUCAACAAAACAGCAUUUUAUUGCUAAGAUGCUUGGCAGUCUUGUUCUUGAGCUGCAUCACUGCCAGAAUUAAUCUUUACUCCAACCUCCCUUUCACCAUUCCCAGUGUCUCCGGCUCCGAUUCCCCCAACAUCCUCUCCUCACUGAAAACACUGACUCUUGAUGGGUAUUUCAGCUUCGAUGAACUUCACCAUGCAGCCAGGGACUUCGGCAACCGAUACCAGUUCCUACCAUCGGCAAUUCUACGUCCAAAGUCGGUUUCAGAUAUUGCUACAACCAUAAAGCAUAUCUUGCAACUGGGUCCUAGCUCAAAACUCACUAUUGCAGCUAGAGGCCAUGGACAUUCACUCCAAGGGCAGGCUCAAGCCCACGGAGGCGUCGUUAUCAAUAUGGAGUCGCUUCAGGAACCAAAAAUGCAGGUUCACACCGGAGAGCUCCCCUACGUAGAUGUUUCUGGCGGAGAACUCUGGAUAAAUAUCCUGCAUGAGAGCCUGAAAUACGGGCUGGCACCAAAAUCUUGGACGGAUUACCUACAUCUCACCGUCGGUGGCACUUUGUCCAAUGCUGGAAUCAGUGGACAGGCAUUUCGGCAUGGACCCCAAAUCAGUAAUGUCUACCAGCUGGAGGUUGUUACAGGCAAAGGAGAAGUAGUGAGCUGUUCGGAGAAGCAAAAUGCAGACUUGUUUCAUGGCGUUCUUGGAGGACUCGGUCAGUUCGGGAUCAUCGCCCGAGCUAGAAUUGCCCUUGAACCGGCACCCAAGAUGGUGAAAUGGAUUAGAGUUCUGUACUCGGAUUUCUCCAUGUUUACUAGGGACCAAGAGUAUCUAAUUUCUGCUGAGAAUACAUUCGACUACAUCGAAGGUUUCGUGAUAAUAAACAGAACAGGUCUCCUCAAUAACUGGAGAUCUUUCUUUAACCCCCAAGACCCACUUAAAGCCAGCCAAUUCAAGUCGGAUGGAAGAACUCUCUUCUGUCUAGAAAUGACCAAAAACUUCAACCCAGAUGAAACUGAUGUCAUGAACCAGGAAGUCGAGAGUCUGUUGUCACAACUGAAUUACAUUCCAUCCACGCUUUUCGCAUCAGAAGUCUCAUAUGUGGAGUUCCUGGACAGAGUGCAUAUGUCUGAGAUAAAACUACGAUCGAAAGGGUUGUGGGAAGUUCCACACCCAUGGCUAAAUCUUCUCAUUCCUAGAAGCAGAAUCCAUGACUUCGCUGAGGAGGUCUUUGGCAAGAUUCUUACAGACACAAGCAACGGCCCCGUCCUCAUCUAUCCACUUCACAGAUCCAAGUGGGACAGUAGAACAUCUACAGUCAUUCCAAAUGAAGAUAUUUUCUACCUAGUGGCAUUUCUUUCUUCUGCCGUGCCUUCUUCUACAGGAACUGAUGGCUUAGAGCACAUUUUAACCCAGAACAAAAGAAUUCUAGACUUCUGUGAAACAGCCCGUCUGGGAAUUAAGCAGUAUCUGCCCCAUUACACCACCCAGGAAGAGUGGCGAGCCCACUUUGGCCCUCGUUGGGAAACCUUCGUACAGAGGAAAUCUGCUUAUGACCCUUUGGCUAUCCUAGCUCCAGGCCAGAAAAUAUUUCGAAAGGCUAUUCCCUUCUCAUGACAGACCCUCUCACAUUAACCAGCUAUUAAUUAUGGAAAGGGGCCGUACAACAAAUAGGCCAGAAGAACCAACUGUAUAUCUAAUAAUUAAAAUUCAUAGCUUGAUGGGUCCCCAUGACAGUUGUAACUGGUGUGCAAAACGGGAAGGCUGCAAUAUUGCUUCACAUUUUGUUGACACGUCGGAUCAAAAGGUUCCAAAUAUGAAAUUAAAGUUGACUUCCAAAGGGGUUCAAAAAGUAUCAAAUUUGCAAUGUGUAAAUAAUGUUUAUCAUGUUAGUUGAAAAAGCAUAUUGUAGAGUAAGCACCAAUAUGAGGAUAUUUACGAGGAAGUGAUUAGAUUUCUUGUUCCCUAAUGCUUUCAAAAAUGAAAUGUAAUACUACCUGUCGGCAAGAAUUUAC